GGGAAUGAGACGGUGCGAAAUUUACAAAUUCAAUUCACUUUCGUCGAUUUUCUGAUUCCUAAUCCUGUCCUGAUUCGCCGCCGCCAUGAGCAACGAUAAUCUGAGGUUGCCGAACCCGAACCCGAAUCCGGAAGGGAUGCUGGCAAUCCCAGUGAAAAAGACUGAUCCGGUGGAUCUGUACCGGCCGUUACGCAAGUUGGUAGCGAGAAAAUACUCAGAGAGCGAUGCAGAGAAAGUUGAAAGCGUUCUGGAAACCCUAAACAAAUGCCGCAGCGACAUGGUGGAGCGAGGGGACCUCUCCCUUCCCAAGCUCCGUGACUGCCUCAUCCACUACUUCAAAUGCCUCUGCAUGGUUGAGCCACUCUUCACCGCUAUCUCCUCCGACGCCGACCCCAUCCUCUUUGUCUGGUACGACGCCUUCUCCUCUGGGAAGGAGUGUUGGGUUCCCUAUCAGCCCAACUGCAUCCAAUUGGAGAAGGCUGCUGUUGUCUUCAACCUUGGCGCCGUAUGCAGCCAGAUUGGAGCCUCUAGCGAGCGUACCACCGCCCAUGGCCGUCACCUUGCAAUAGAUGCCUUCAAUGCCGCUGCCAAUUUCUUCUUGAAACUCUGGAAGGUUUUUGCCAAGGACGUCUCCGCCACCCUCGACUUGACUCUCCUCUUCGCCGAGAGUCUUCACUGCCUCUUCUCUGCUCAGGCUUUGGAGCUCAAUUUACAGCAACAACUCAACAACAACAGUUCGGCUUUCCAAAAACAUCGAUGUGCCAUUUCAUUUAAAUCGGUUUCUGAGCAUUAUCGGAGAGCAUAUGAUCUGAUACAAAGUGAUUCGGCUGCAAUCGAACAUGUCUCCUCAUUUGAUCAAACCUGGAUAACUCAUCUUUACCAGAAGGUGAAAUUCUGUGAGGAGGAGGCUCUUCAGAUGCGAUCAUCCAUCCUACCCAAAUCCCAGCUACCUGUCCAAGCUUGUAUUCUUGAUCAUGAUGCAGAAUUUGUCACUGAAAAAUUCGCUAAAGGGAUUCGCAGGCGCGCGUACCAGUGGAUACCCAAGCUAGAAGGAAUAUACCUUGACCUCGUCCUUUCCAAGGACAUCCCUUUCAAGAUUAUUGAUGGUGGAAAGCUGGUGGCUCACCCAUGGGACAUGCCUCCUCCUUAUCCAACAAAAUUUGCAAUCCCCUCAUCUUCGUCUUCGUCACAUCUUCUGGCAUUGCCUUUGAAGAAGAGUAAUCCCUUGGACCUGUACCAGUCCCUGCGCAAUUACUUUGUAGUCAAAUUCUCUGAGAGCAUGGCAAAGAGAGUAGAAGGCCUUUUCGAAAUGGUAAACAAAUUGCGUAGUGAAAUGCUGCGUGAUGACCUCUCUCUACCCAUGCGGCGUGACUGCCUCAUCCGCUAUUUCAAAUGCCUUUGCAUGAUUGAGCCUUUGUUCCCUAUGACAACCGCACCCAACCCACCUAUCUUUGUUUGGUACAAUGCCUUCUUCCCAAAAAUCAAAUCUUCUCAGCACAACAUCCAUUUGGAGAAGGCCUCUGUUCUCUUCAACCUGGGAGCCCUUGGCUCCCACAUUGCUCUCUCCUGCGAUCUCACCACCAUCCAAGGCCGGCGUAUUGCUAUAGACGCCUUACAUGAUGCUUCAUAUUGGUUCUUAAUACUAACGCAUGAGGCUGAGAAGGCAUCUGCCCCUGACUUGUCAAUAAGCUCCGCCCAGAUACUGCGCCGGAUAAUAACCUCUCAGAUUGCUUAUUUGGAAUGCGAGCUUCCUCAUUCCCAUUCCCAUGGUGGUGGAUAUCCUGUCUCUCUGCUUUAUCGGAAAAUUUAUGAUCUGAUGACAUUCGGACCUUUAGCUGGGAAGCUUGUUCAAUCCUCGAUACCUCAAUUUAUUGAGUCGAAGAUGAAAACCUGCCGUGUUCAAACUGGUCUUGAUGUCACUGAACUAUUUCUUUCUGGGUAUUGUGAGGCUCAAUCCCUGCUUCGAGAGGCAUGUCAAACACCAUGCUUGAACCUUCUCUCCGACGUUGGCCCUGACAAGAUUACGGAUGGAAUACUGUGGCCAAUUUUAGAGGCAGUAACAUCGGCAUUGGAGGAGAUGAACUUGUCCGGGAACACUCCCAUGGAGGAAAACUAAACAAGUUUAGGAAUGAACUUUUUAUA